AUGGACGAGAACUACGACAUAAACGCCGCGACUGAUCAAGAUUCAGAACUUAAACUUGAAGAAAUAGUGAACGAACAACGAUUGAACCCCAGCCACGUUCAAUUAUGCGACGCGGAUAUACAGAAGUAUGAAAUCACCGAAUUCUUGACGCCCAAAUCAUGGAGGGUGUCCGACUUUGACGUGGAUAUCGGUGCAAUGGACGAAGUGAUAUUCAGACUCCAAGGCAUAGUUAGGGAAAAGAUUCUACCACCAAUGGCAAAGCCUGCUUCCCGCGACAGAAUGGUCAAGCAACGACCAUAUUUACGUACCGCCAUUGCUAUCACGGGACUCGGAGACAUUGCGUUCGAUAAGGCGAUGGAAAAGCUAGAAGAAGUUUUCCUCCGUUUCACAAACAAUUUUCCCGCGGACAGCGUCAGCGGCUAUGACCCAGUUCUUCACAAAGACACGGGUUUCAACGUUUUCCAUGCGCAUAGCCGAUAUUUCACGAAGGUAUCCGCAUAUCAAGACGAAUCUGACAACAUAGGUUUUCAUCCCCUGGUCGACCCUGAUAACGUGUUGGCGUCCAUGGUAGGGGACGGUUUCAUCCACGCGAUCGAUAACGAGGUACAGUUUCUUCGUCGGGAGAUACUUCCUGACGGAACAGCCAGAUAUUAUGCUUAUAAUCCUGCCUCCAUACGAAUUGGAGACAUUGUCGAGAUCAGUGUUGCCUUUGUCGCAUUUCCUGCCCAAGAAAACAAGUACAAAUUCGUUGUCGCUCUUCGCGGAAUACUUGUCUUGGACCAGGAGGCAAGAGAGAAAGCUGAUAUUCUCAGAAUGCGGUCGCGCUAUACUCCAGCGAAAAGACAGGUCGCUGUUUUGCGUAGGACAAAGAGGCAGCUAUACGAAGGUCAGAUUGACAUUGAAGACACGCAACAGAGGAUGGCACGUAUGCGCUUAAACGAGGACACAGUCCACAAUAGCAAUACUAUGUCCCAAGAUUAA